CCUCCCGACUGUCUCUGAGUUUUGCUCCCUAUUUCUCUUCCCUUUCCCUCCUCCUUGGGAUGUCCGCAACCAACUACUAUCGCUCUCAAAUAUUAUAUAGUUUGUUCGUGAAUUAUUAUACUGACUAGUAUUCAAAUCAUUCAUCUCAUCCAUUUCUAUUUUCUCAGUGUGGAGCUGUGACGGUUUUCUUCUCCCAACCUUAUAAUAUUACCUUAAACCAAGCCCAUAUAUAGAUAUAUAUAUAGAUACAGAGAUGAACCCACACAUGCAGUGCAAUUUCCCUUCUCUUUCUCCGCUCCGCCUUCUUAUACCUUCUCGUAUUCUCGCCUCCCAUAACUCUCUACUCCAACCUUCUUCUAUAUAGGAGAUAGAUGGAAGCAAGGAGUUCUAAGGAGAUCAUGUCAGGCAUCCAGUGCCAGUCCAAGAACAGCACCAGUCCCCGCCUCAAGCUCUUCGGCUUCCAUGUGUCCGAGGACGAGGAGUCCGUCGACCUCCCCGGCCCGCCGGAGGCUGGCCUGGGCUCAGACUCGUCGUCCUCCACCACCACCACUGCCGCCGCCUCUGGCAGCGGAGACGGCCGGAAGUAUGAGUGCCAGUACUGCUGCCGCGAGUUCGCCAACUCCCAGGCCCUCGGCGGUCACCAGAACGCCCACAAGAAGGAGCGCCAGCAGCUCAAGCGCGCCCAGCUGGCCGCCGGGGGCGGGCUCCGGUCAUCACCCAGUGCGCUCUACCCCCGCGCCAACCCUAUGGUCUCCUCCUUCGCUCCGCCCUCCCACCUCCUCCCGGACUCCGCCUCCCCGCUCGCCGGCGGGGCGGACCCCACCGGGUGGGUCUACUUCUCCCGCGCUGCCCCUCCCUUCCAUGUGUCGCACGGCUGCGUCUUCCCCUCCUCCACCCGAGCCUCGCCUCCCGCCUUCUACUCCGCCGCCGGCUACGGCCAUGGCGACAGCGGUGCUGCCCGGCUCUUCGGCGACGACCGGAACCGUCAACCUGCCACUUUCGCUAGGUUCACCGUUUCAGCUCCCAACGCGAUGUCAUCGGACUCGGCCAGCGCGGAUGGCGCGUUCGGGCUGGACCUCCAGCUCAGGCUCGCCCCCUUCCGGUCUUGACUCGGUCGCUAGACUCGUCCUGAUUCGGUUCUUUGCUAGACUCCACGAUCAGACGGUGGAUUGCACCAAUAUCUGAUGGAUCAGAUGGCCAUUGUAUAUUUUUUUUUCAUUUUUCUAUUUGGAAUUUUGGUUCUACUUCUGCCUCAAUGAAAUGAUGUUGCGUAAUUCAAUAAAUUUUUAUAUUAAAAUUGCUGGUA